UCAUAAACAGAAAUGGAAGAGGACAUAUUAUGCGAAUGUUGAAUUUGUGUGUAAAAUUCUUCUCUUGUUUUGCGAUCGGAAGUAGAUUUUCAACGACAGUUUUGCAGCCCCAGAUACCGGCAAUCGGAUCGAUUAUGUGAAACAGACGAGUGCGCGUUGGAUAAGUUCCUGGCCACGAACGAAAAAAGGACAGUUUGGAAGAAGCGCCAGGUUUUUUUCAGUACGGACAAAGUUUGACUUUUACGAGGCAAACGCUCGGGAUUUCUUGUGCAAAAAUAAUUGAAGAUUCGUUAGUUGGUUAAGGAUGUGGCCAAUCAAGCUGGACAUGACCCGGGACGAAUGUCGCGGUGUCCUGCGACGGCUUGAAUUGGAGUCCUACUCGAGUGUUAUGAGUACAUUUCGUGCGCAGGGAGGACUGUGCAAGGAAAAAGCGCGGAUUCUCGACGAGCUGCGGAAGCUGUUGCAUAUUUCCCAGGAUCGGCACAAGGCCGAAUCCCGGCGGGUGGCCAACGACGAGCGGCUGACCACGGUGGCCGAAAUGUGA